AUGGCCACCCUAACUCUCGCCCGCCCUGCCCCUGCGAUUACCUGUGCAGGAACUCGGGAGCCGCGUGGCCAAGGCCGGUCCCCGCGCGGGCUGCAGGGCUGGGUCACGCGUGCGGCGGGCGGGGCAGCAGGCUCAGCGCGCCCGGGCGCUGCUCCCCGCGGGGCCGCCCCGCCCGGGGGCUGCUCCCCACGGCCCGCGACCCCGGCCGGAGCGCGGCUCCCCCGCCUUCAGGCCCGGGAUCCGGCCGGGAGAGGCGCGGGGCUGUCCCUCAGCAUCCACAGGCACCCGGCCGCAGGAAGGAGGCGGCGGCGGCGGCUGGAAAAUUCGGGGGAACCCGCCCCUGGGGCCGGGGCCGGCGCGGAGGGACCCCUCCCUCUCGGCCCCGCUGUAAUCGCGGGGGCGGCGCGGCUAGGGGCGCACCCGGGGCCCUUCCCGGCGGGGGCGCGGGCCGAGGCCGGGGAAGCCCGCCAGCAUCCUCUGGCCCGCCCGCCCGUCCGCGCGCCGAGCCGAGCUGAGCCGAGUCCGGGCGCGGCGCACGGCACAACCUGUGCAGACAGCACACAGUGGAUGCUCAGCCAGGUCAGCCAUCAGGAAAGACCAGAGGAGCCACCCAGCCUGUGCCCUCAGAACACCUGCCAGCUCUGCCAGGACACCAGGUCCACGGACAAGACAGACCCUCAGUUGUGCGCAUCCAGAGGGGUGCUGGAGAUGUCCGAGGUCCACACUGUUGCUUGGACCACCCUGCUGCUCCCCCUAUUUCAGCCACACUGAGCUCCUCACAGUUCUGAACACACUUUUCAUCCCCUUAUCACUUUGCAUAUGCCAUUCCCUGUGCCCAGAACUCCCUUCCCCUCUGUCAUCAUCCACCUGACAAACUGCUACUCAGCCUCACAGAACCCCUUCCCAUGUCACCUGCUCUGUGAGGUCUUCUGUAAUCCCCAGGUGGGGGCAGCACCUUGGGACCCUGCUGUGAGGACAGCCUGCUCGCCUGCCCCCUCAACCUUGUGUCCAUCAAAGUGGACAGUGUUCUCAGCAGCCCCUUCCCUUCUCUGUUGUCUGCAUACAGUGUUCUGCCUGAAACAGUAGUGUAGGAUUGUUUGUAAGUCUUGUUUCUCCUCCAUUGAAUGUGAGUUCCCUUGGAAAAAGGAUCCUGUUUGUCUCAUUUUAUUUCGACUGCUGAUUCCCCUGUGCUCAGCACCAAAUUGGCACACAGUAAGUGUAUACUCCUUUUCUAUACCUCCCAUAACA